AUGGCGCCCAUCAAGCGCAAGGGCAAUGUUGCCGAGGAAGCAACAACCCAGAAGCGCGCACGUUUCGGAGCAGACAAGAAGGACAACAAGAAGCAAAAGACCAACGAUUCGGACGAUACCAAGUCGAAAUCGGAGGAGGAUUCGAAGCCAACGGAUCUUUCUGUUCUGCGCGACGACGAACCGGCUUUCCCUCGUGGUGGAUCGAGCGUCUUGACGCCUCUUGAACGCAAGCAGAUUCAAAUUCAAGCACAGAAGGAUGUUCUGUUUGAGCAGAGAGGUUCGAAGAAAUCGCACAAUGUCGAGGAUGAUGACGAUGAAGGAAAUGAUGAUGUCGACAUGGGUGACGCAGAUGAUGCUGCGAAGAAGCCUCGCAAGCAACGUAAGACCAAGGCGGCAAAGAAGAAGGCAGACAAGGAAGCUUCCGAGAAGAAGGGUGUUCGAGUUGAAGGAUUGAACUUCAAGCGUAUCGUCCCUGGGUCUAUGAUCUUGGGUCAGGUCUCGAGUAUUAAUGCCCACGACAUCGCUCUCUCGCUCCCUAAUAACCUUACCGGCUAUGUUCCCUUGACAUCUGUCUCGAAAGGAUUGGAACAGAAGAUUGAGAAGCUUCUCAACGAGGACGACAACGAGGACGAUUCCGACGACGACUCCGACGAGGACUCUUUGGAUUUGAAGAAUUACUUCUACCUGGGACAAUACCUGCGGGCUCACGUUGUAUCUAUCGGGAGCAACCCGACGGAUCCUAGUUCUCGGAAUAAGAAGCGCAUUGAGCUUGCAGUCGACCCAAGGCAAGCGAACUCCGGGCUGUCCAAGUCAGAUCUCGUCGAGAACACUGCCGUUCAAGCAUCGGUUGUGAGUGUGGAAGACCACGGUCUGAUCAUGGAUCUGGGUAUUGAGGGCUCUGAUGUCAAGGGUUUCAUGUCCUCCAAGGAGAUUGACCGCAAGUUGGAGUACUCGAGCAUCAAAGAAGGAGCGGUUUUCUUGUGUAUGGUGACUGGCCAGAACGCUAGCGGGAAUGUUUUCAAGCUAUCCGCCAACCUCCGGAAUACGGGGUCCAUCACCAAGUCGCAUUAUCUCAGCACUGCGCCUACGAUCAACUCUUUCCUUCCCGGUACCGCAGCUGAAAUUCUUGUGAUGGAUGUCACACCCACCGGGCUGGUGGGCAAGAUCAUGGGCAUGUUGGAUGCAACAGUGGAUUUGGUCCAGUCUGGAGGAAAUUCGCUGAAGGAAGACCUUACGAAGAAAUACCGCACUGGCGCAAAGGUCAAGGGACGUCUUGUCUGUACUUUCCCCGCAUCCGAGCCAUUCAAGGUUGGAUUCUCGCUGCUCGAUCAUGUCAUCAAGUUCUCCUCCGAUGACCAAGGACCUGGCUCGUCUGAGGAUGCGCCGGCUAUCUCGGCAAUUGUGCCCGAAGCAACAGUGGUGAAGGUGGACCCCGGCCUUGGUGUCUACGUGAAGAUUGGGUCUACGAAGCACACGGGAUUUAUUCACAUCUCACGUCUGUCAGACGGCAACACAGAAAGCGUCUCCGCUGAAAAAGGACCAUUCAAGCUCGGCACCACGCACGAGGCAAGAGUAGUCGGCUAUAAUACUCUCGACAACCUUUACCUGCUUUCGUUUGAACGCAAGGUUAUUGACCAGCCGUUCCUUCGUCUCGAAGAUGUGACCAUUGGCGCUGUCGUGAAAGGCAAGGUCGAGAAGCUAUUGAUUGGCCCUAACGGAAUUGAUGGAUUGAUUGUGUCCUUGGCUGAUGGUGUCACGGGUCUCGUCCCGUCUAUGCAUCUCGCGGAUGCUGCCCUUCAGUUCCCCGAAAAGAAAUUCCGUGAGGGUAUGACUAUCUCGGCUAGGAUUCUGUCCGUCAACCUGGAAAAACGCCAGAUCCGGUUGACUCUGAAGAAGAGUCUGUUGAACAGCGAGUCUGCCAUUUGGAAGGACUACAAGGAUAUCGUCCCUGGUGCCCAGUCUCCUGGAACCAUCGUGAACAUUCAGCCCCACGGUGCUGUUGUUCAAUUCUAUGGCUCCGUCCGGGCUUUCCUCCCUGUCUCUGAAAUGAGUGAAGCCUAUAUCAAGGACCCUUCCCAGCAUUUCCGAUUGGGCCAGGUGCUCAGCGUUCAUGCUUUAAGUGUCGACGUGUCUCUUGGCAGAUUGACAGUAUCGUGCAAGGAUCCCUCCACAUUCACGGAAACUUACAAGAAGGCAUUUGAAAACAUUCGCCCGGGAUUGCUUGUUACAGGUACUGUUUUCGAGAAGUCCAGUGACGAUGCCCUUCUCAAACUUGACGAGUUUGGUCUUGUGGCUCGGUUGGACCUUCACCAUGUCUCUGACGGAUCUACCUCCAAGCAGAGCUCGUUGCUUUCGAAGGUUCGCGUCGGCCAGAAGCUCAAUGAGCUUCUUGUACUGGACAUUCAACGGGCCCACCGGUUGAUCAGAGUCACAAGCAAGGCUAGUCUGAAGAAGGCUGCCAAGCAAGGCAGUCUCCGUGAGGACUUCGAAGAUCUCGAAGAAGGCACUGAAGUCACCGGUUUCAUUCGGAAUAUUACCUUCGACGGUAUCUUCGUUGAGAUGCUGGGUGGCUUGGUUGGAUUGGUCCCUAAGCGUCUUGUCAGUGAGGAGAAUGUUACCAAGCCUGGGUUCGGCAUGGCUGUCUCUCAGACCAUUACGGCGACUGUUCACUCUAUUGACACCGAUUUCCGGAGAUUCAUUUUGAGCAUGCGGCCGGAUGAGGCGACUAGCGCUGGUCCCAAGAAGCCUACCCCUAAGAAAGCGAAGGAGCCUCGUGCUUCCGAUGACAACGUUGCCGUCGCGAACGCCGUCGAUGAGGGUCUUCAAACUAUGUCUGACUUCACAUUUGGUCGGAUCGUCAAGUGCAAGGUCCAGUCGGUCAAAGCAACGCAGGUCAACGUUCAACUCGCGGAAAACAUCCAGGGUCGUAUUGACGUCUCCGAGGUCUUCGACAAGUGGGAGGACAUCAAGGACCACAAGCAGCCAUUGCGAAACUUCCGCCAGAAGGAAGUCAUCUCCGCUCGAAUUCUCGGUGUUCACGACGCUCGGAACCACAAGUUCCUCCCCGUCAGCCACCGUACCGGCAAAUAUCCCGUCUACGAACUCUCCACCAAGCCCAGUUUCUUACAAGCCGCCAACCCUCAGCCGCUCAACUUGGAGCAAGUUCAAGUUGGCUCUUCAUGGUUUGGUUUCAUCAACAACAUUGCCGACGACUCGCUCUGGAUUAACCUGUCGCCGAACGUACGCGGUAGAAUGCGUUUGAUGGAUGCAUCCGACGACCUGUCGCUUGUGGCAGAUAUCGACAAGCAUUUCCCUAUCGGGUCUGCUAUUGAGGCUCACGUCACAGCCGUUGACACCGAGAAGGGCCGUUUGGAUCUUUCUGCCAGAAAGAGCUCUGACAAGCUCUCGCUUGACGAUCUGUCUGUGGGCAUGGUUGUUCCAGGCAGAGUCACCAAGACUACCGAGAAGCAGGUUAUCAUGCAGCUCAGUGACACGGUGGUUGGAGCAAUCAACCUGGUCGAUAUGGCCGAUGACUACGAGAAGGCCAACCCAACCGUUUACCGCAAGAACGAGGUGCUCCGCGCAUGUGUUGUCGGAGUCGACAAGGCUAACAAGAGGGUCUCUCUGUCUCUCCGGCCAUCGAGAGUUCUCAGCUCGUCGCUGCCGGUCCAGGACCGUGAACUCGCAUCGAUGAAGGAACUCAAGGUGAACGACGUCGUUCGUGGUUUUAUCCGCAGAGUUGCAGACAACGGAUUGUUCGUGGCAUUGAGCCACGACGUUACUGCUUACGUCCGUAUCUCUGACCUGUCUGACUCCUACCUCAAGGAGUGGAAGGAGGCUUUCCAGGUCGACCAGCUUGUCAAGGGUCGUAUCACGCUCGUUGACCCCGAGCAGAACAAACUGCAAAUCAGUCUGAAGGACUCUGUCCUGGACCCCAACUACAAGGCCCCCGUUACGCUUCGCGAUCUUAAGCCUGGCCAGAUUGUCACCGGUAAAGUCCGCAAGGUCGAGGAAUUCGGUGCAUUUAUCGAUAUCGACAACUCCGCCAGAAUCAGCGGUCUUUGCCACCGCAGCGAGAUGGCUGAGAAGCGGGUGGAGGAUGCUCGGUCUCUGUACGAGGAGGGUGAUGUUGUGAAGGCCAAGAUCCUCAAGAUCGACCGUGCGAAGGAGAAAAUCUCAUUCGGCCUGAAGGCUUCGUACUUCAAGGAUGCUGAGGAUGCUGAGAGCAGCGAAGAGGAAGAGGACGACUCUGAGGAUGGCGUGAGUCUCGAUGGCUUCGGCGGCGCUGGGGUGGAAGGAAGCGACGACGAAAGUGACGAGGACGAGGACGAGGAAGAUGAUGUCUCGAUGGGAGGUGUCGAUCUUGAAGAUGGCAGUGAGGGCUCUGACUCCGAGGAGAGUGAAGGAGACGAUGACGAAGAAAUGGAGGACGCCCCGUCGAAGAAGACAGGCGGCCUCGGAGACGGCGGCUUUGACUGGAGCGGCAACGUCAACAACGACGAAGAUGAAGCAGCUGCAUCCGACUCAGAAGGCGAAGACGACAGCUCGCGGAAGAAGAAGAAGUCUCGCAAGCCCGAAAUCCAGGUUGACCGUACCGGCGAACUCGACGCAAAUGGACCGCAGUCCGUAGCCGACUACGAACGACUUCUGCUUGGUGAGCCUAACUCGUCGCUCUUGUGGCUGAGGUAUAUGGCUUUCCAGCUGGAGUUGGGUGAGAUUGAGAAGGCAAAGGAAAUUGCCGAACGGGCCCUUCGCACCAUUACCAUCGGACAGGACACUGAGAAGCUGAACAUCUGGGUGGCACUGCUGAACUUGGAGAACACCUAUGGUGAUAAUGAUACCCUCGACGACGUUUUCAAGCGUGCUUGCCAGUACAACGAUACCCAGGAGAUCUACGAGCGGAUGACGAGCAUCUACAUCCAGUCUGGAAAGAUCGAGAAAGCGGAAGACCUCUUCCAGAUCGCUCUCAAGAAGAAGAUCUCUCCUACUCCCAAGUUCUUCGUCAACUACGCUUCCUUCCUCUUCGACUCCAUGGCCGCCCCUGACCGUGGCCGUGCUCUCCUCCCCCGCGCUCUCCAGUCCCUUCCUUCCCACACUCACGUCGAAACGACCUCCAAGUUCGGACAACUCGAGUUCCGCUCUCAGAACGGCGAUAUCGAGCGAGGCCGCACCGUCUUCGAAGGUCUCCUGUCCUCGUUCCCCAAGAAGAUCGACCUGUGGAACAUCCUCUUGGAUCUGGAGAUCAAGAACGGCGAUACUGAGCAGGUGAGACGGUUGUUCGAGCGUGUUCUUGGUAUCCAGAAGGGCGCUGUUGCGGCUGGUACGGGCAAGAAGCUCCGGGCCAAGCAGGCGAAGUUCUUCUUCAAGAAGUGGCUUGAUUUCGAGGAGAAGGGUGGUGAUGAGAAGAUGGUUGAGGAGAUUAAGGCUAAGGCUGCGGACUAUGUUAAGUCUUUGCAGAAAGAGUAA